CACUGCGCGCAGAGAGGGGAGAGAUAGAGGGAGGGAGAGAGAGAGAGAGAGAGAGAGAGAGAGAGAGAGAGAGAGAGAGAGAGAGAGAGAGUAAUGGAGCUGAGCUAGAAAACCAGAGCGACUUGCGAAGCUAAAGCUUGUCUAGGGUUCGAUCGUCUGUUUCACAUCACAGUUGGAAGCCCAAACGGGAAAUCCAAAGAAGACAAUAUUUGCUAGCGGUGGGCUUGAGCCGUUACAAUAAGAUCGUGUCCUCCCUAUUGUUCAUGCGCUUGAAUCUUCAGAUGAACAAUAAUUUAAACCCUCGACGUACUUUGGAGAAGGCUCGGACUUUUUUUAGAGCAGCCCCAAACCAUGGAAUCCGGUGUGGUAUAAGUAGAAGUGAUUUAUAUUGUUUUUGUUUCUAAUGUUCUUCCCUUUGGGGUGGCAGAACAAGUUUCAAACAAUGCCCUCAAAACCAGGAAUUGUAGAACAAGAAGCUGCUGAUGGGGCGAAGUAUUUGCUGCAAUCAACCAAAUACUCUGAGCCUUGGUGGCAUGGCGUUGGGAACAAUACCAUCACUGAUGAAGAUGCUACCAAAACGUCUUCUGCUGAAUACCUGAACGUUACUGUUACCAGUGCAGCUAUGCUUUCACAAGCAAAUGAUGAAAAUACUGGGCAAGAAGUUCAGCAUCUCAAGUACAUUCCAUUUUCGACAUCCCCACCCGUGGGCGAACGCCUAGAUCCAAAUUCCCAGAUGGAACUUGUUGGCCACUCGAUUGUUUUGACAUCAUAUCCUUUUUCAGAUGCACAAUGUUGUCAAAUGCUGACUUCAUAUGGACCACAAACAACGUUACCUCAUUUUUAUGGACUUCACCAUGCUAGGAUGCCAUUACCCCUUGAAAUGGAAGCAGAGCCUGUUUAUGUGAACGCAAAGCAGUAUCAUGGUAUCCUGAGGAGAAGACAGUCGCGUGCCAAAGCUGAGCUUGAGAAGAAAGUGAUAAAAAGUAGAAAGCCAUAUCUUCAUGAAUCCAGACAUCUCCAUGCUAUGAGACGAGCAAGAGGCAGCGGAGGACGUUUCCUGAAUACCAAAAAGCCGAACAGUGUUAUUUCCAACAAAACUAUGGAGGAAGACAUCAAUUCUAGUAUCAACCAUGUAUCAGAACCUGUCAGUGAGGGUAGAUCAAAUUACAUGGUGGCUAAUGAAAAUGGAAUGAAGGAUACACUUGAUGAUCAACAAAAGGAGGACAAAGAGUUCAUGCCUCAAAAUAUGCAGAUAACACACGCUUUCUUCAAUGGUGGAAAGUCGAAUGGCCAUGGUUUAUCCACAUACAAUUCAAAACUUGCUGAUGAAAGCAUACAGGUGAAUGCGGCUCCACAGAGGGCCAUCCCCAUCAAGUGAAAGUUUCUUGAUGGGAAUGGGGCUUCCUUCUCCAACGCUGUUUAACCAGUUUCACUGCAAAAAACUCGAGAUUCGGUAAGAUCGUUGAAGAUCGUUGAUUCUUUUAAGGCUGUGUUUCUGGUUGCACAAGUUGGUGGAUUUACCCCCCUUCUCUGCUGGGAAGAACACCGCUUUUGGUGGUGUUUCUCAGGCAAUUCAUUCUUGGCUUUGGUUGAAGGAGGAUGAUGAAAUGCAGUGCACCAAAAAUGUGGUACUUUCGCUCUGCUAUUUCCUUUCUCUUUACCUUUUCUAUUUCCUAUGUAAUUCUAAUUCUGAAUUGUGUCUCUGAAACACAAAGAUUUGAUGUGUGCAGACUUGUAAUUUAUUUUAGACGCAGUUAUGUGCUGUGUACCUAUUCAACUUUGUGUGCUUGUUUUCAGAUGAUAUUCAUUUUCAA